UGAUUAUUCCAUUGUGCAAGGGAGAGAGAGGAGCUGUCUGUGAAUGGAUCUGGGAGAGAGAGGGGGAGAGAGAGGUGUCUCGGAGACUGUAAAUCAAUAGGAAAAGCCCUGUCCACACAGAGAAAGUACCUCACACCACAAAGACAUUGAUUUAUUUUUUCCUAGUCUUCAUCUUCCCUCUGUAAAGGGGGGAGCAAGAAAGCCCGAGAGAGAGAGAGAGAGAGAGAGAGAGAGAGAGAGAGAGGGAGAGGGAGAAAGAGAGAGACCGCCUCCUCAGCAUCCCUCAGACACAGCUUUAUCCUCUCGCACCAGCUAAGCUGGCUGUGUGUGAGAUGACUCUUGUAUUUCUAACAUAUCGCCAUGGAUGCUGGUGAAUGCUUCCUCUCCUCUCCCGGGCAGGAUGAGAGAAGCUCAUGGCCAUUGGACCUCAUUCUCACCCCUUGCCCAGAAGCCACCAAAGAUACCUCUCUUCUGCCCCCCAUUCCCCCCCUCGACAUUUCCACCUCAACUUCAGCUUCCACAACUGGAGGAAGUUAUCAGGCACUUAGCCCCCAACCCUCGACCUCACAGUCCUCCCUUCUAGUAGCUACUAGUCCCCAUCCAACGUAUCUGCCAAAGCUCAGAACUCCUGUAGAGUCUAACUGCCAAGAGGAAGAGGAGGAUGAGGGGGAACCCCUACUGGGUCGUGUGCUGUUCUCUGGUGACGGAUAUGUCUACCUCCUGAAAGGGGAGGGGAAAAAGAACCAAACAAUACCCUCCUCAGCGUCACCACAGGACUCCCUGAACAGCACAGUGUUGCCCUAUACCCCUCCCACUACAUUCUGUCUCACCGCCACCUACCAAGGCAUACGCUCUAACCAAAUAUCCCAACAUACCUCAGCUGGGGCAGCCAAUCCCAACCACCUGGUGUCUGGUGCCUCAUCUAAAAUCCAAGACCAACCCAAAGAAAACAAGGUGGUAGAGAGAGGACAGGAAACCAACAAGACACCCAAACUAACCAGAGGCUCCCAAAGGACCCAGAUAGUGGAAAGUGUGUUUAUCUGCCUCCCAUGUCAGCUUACCUUUAGGUCUGGCAGCAAGUUUGGGUGGCACGCAUCACACAUCCAUGUACUGGAACACCCAUAUCAAGAUCAUUUAGAAAUGGGAGAGACAUCUGGUAUUAUCCACAGCUCUAGUGGACAGCUAUUUCUUAGCCUAAUAGAACCAAAAAUAAAUCACAGCUCACUUGAAGCUGGUCAGGAACCAGAGAAUAUAGCUCUUUUAGGGGAUCGGUCUCCCUCACUUUUAGAAAAGAUCCAAACUGUUCUAGAACCAUCAGGAAAAUCAAAGGAUGUAACUUCCCAAAUCCCAGAUAUAAUAACCAAAAGCCAAGUAGCUACUCAUCCAGAAACAAAUUUUGUCACUCUUGGCCUAGCACGCCAAUCGUCCUUAAGCUUUCACUGCUGUGAUCCUGCUGGAACACCCCACUUAACUGAAGCCAAAGAUUCCAAGGCCCACAUGAAUGAAAAGAAUGGAGGAGCCUCAUUGAACCCAGCAGAAACAGAGUCACAAGGUGAAGAGGAUGUUGAGGAAGAAGAAAGGCCUCCCCGAAACUCCCAACCCACUGAUAUUACUGAACAGCUACUUGCAAACCAAAGUUUCUAUGGCCCAAUGAUGACCAGCUCCUUUCCUCAGAUAGGAGUUGCCCCUGGCACUGAUAAGAGAGGGGACCAAACAGACACUGAAUGUGGGCUUCAGGCCCUUGAUGACUGCACAGCAACCUCAGGCCCCCAACCAUUCCAAAGCCUUUCUCUCCAGGGCCAGCUUUCUCUCCUUCAUUCCCGCAAUUCUUGCAAAACACUGAAAUGUCCCAAGUGCAACUGGCAUUACAAGUACCAACAGACGCUGGAUGUCCAUAUGAAGGAAAAGCACCCAGAGAGCCAAAGUCACUGUUCUUAUUGUCACAGUGGGCAGCAGCAUCCACGUCUGGCCCGUGGCGAGAGCUACAACUGUGGCUACAAGCCGUACCGCUGUGAAGCAUGCAACUACUCAACUACCACCAAGGGCAAUCUCACAAUACACAUGCAGUCUGACAAACAUCUGGCCAACUUACAGAGCUACCAGGGGCCAGGCACAACACCUAAUGCUGCAGUCCCUCCAUUGGCAUCCCCAGUGGCUAAUACUGGCCAGGGAGAGGCUGGCCAGCCUUCACCACCUGACCGGCAACUAAAGCAGAAAGCAUCAUGGCACUGCAAAGUGUGCAAUUACGAAACCAACAUCUCUCGAAAUCUGCGUAUUCAUAUGACCAGUGAAAAGCACAUGCAGAAUGUCCUAAUGCUUCAUCAGGGGUUAGGAAUGGGGCAAGACACCUUCCCUUUCUAUGGAAGUUCCCUUGCUCCAGAUCAGGGCAUGGACCACCAUCUGCUAUUUAAUCCCAUGCACUUCGGCUCAUCUGGGAACCAAGCGUGCAGCCUCCUUACCACAGAAUCUGCCUCAGGCCCUCAACUCAACAGUUUGGGCCCUUCCAACAUUCCCAUUCCUUCAUCUGCACUCUUGCAGGAUUCAUUCUCCUCUAACCUGGAGGAGGAGCCCUCAACUGGCAUAUUUCGGUGUCUGAUAUGCCGCUCCUUUACUACUGAUAGCUUGGAGGGAUUGCUUUCUCAUGCAAGUAGAGGCCGAUCUCUUCCCGAAAGAGAGUGGAGAGAAGUUAGAGGAGAUUUGCACUGCUGCCGUCUGUGCUCCUAUAGCACUCAACUUAAAGCCAACUUUCAGCUGCAUCUGAAGACCGAUAAGCAUGCUCAGAAGUACCAACUGGCUGCCCAUAUGCGGGAAGGAGGCGCUGCACUAGCUACAGCCCAGGCCUCAGCAGUAGAGUUACCCAUCAGUGGCUACAGUCAAGCUUCUUCUUUCCCUCCACUGAACUUGAGAUGUAAUCUCUGUGGGUUUGACAGCAACAGCAGAGAGAAGUUGCAGCUGCAUGUGCAGGGAGGAGGCCAUGAAGAAAGCCUCAGGGUAUACAAGUUCUUGAAUUCAAUGGAUGGUGCCGGUGAAAGUGACACAAGCUUCCGCUGUAGCCCAUGUGACAGUAUAGUUAGCUCUUGUCUUGGGAUGACGGCGCAUUUGCGUUCACCAAGUCACCAUCAAAGCCUUGCACAGUGGAGGCUAACACAGGGGGAAGUUAUGCUGGAAGGAAUCAUCAGUGUCUGCAGAGGCCCCCUUCCACAGGAACAUGUUAAAACACUGAGGUCUUCAGAAUUCACUCCAAACCCAGAAUCAGACGAAGAGAGCAAAGGCAUGUCCCAAAGCCCUGGACCAGACGAAGCAGCCAGUACAGAGUGUGAAAAACCUGCAGAAGGGACAACGGUUUUCUGCUGCCCAUUCUGUGCCUACGUCAGUCCCUCCGAGGAUCAAGUGCAAAGCCAUGCAGUGUCCCAGCAUGCUCUGCAGCCUACUUUCCGAUGCCCUUUGUGUCAAGAACAGCUAAUGGGAACUGCAAACCUGAGGGGUCAUCUUGGGCAUGGACACAAUGUUGUGUCUGAAUGUGUGGAGAAACUGUUGCAGGUGGCGCAAAAAGUGGAAAUUAGUUUUCAUACCAGAAUUCUUCCUAUCAGAGUAACAGAAGAGCCAUCACAGCCCUCCUCAGAGGCCCAUACUUCCUGUGACAUCCCACAUCAACACUCCCCUCCAGAAUCGCCUUCUGAAAUUUCUACAAGUCCAGUUCAGGCAACAGAAUAUUCAGGGGACCUUGAAAAGUCCCAAGAAGAUAAUUCAUGCACAAUGUGCCAGCAGUUAUCCAACAGUUCCAACGACCUACGAGCACAUUUGGAGAAAGAUCAUCUUGAGCUUAACCCAUCUGAUAUUCAACAAGCUUGCGAAGUCAGAAGCAGAGAAAUUGAAGUCUUAGAGCUGGAUGACAAGACUGGCUCCCAGGAGAAUGUACCAACUCCCCCACAGCAAGUAACAUACCGCAAGAUUACCAAUUUUGCCAUGGACAAAUUUUUGGACCCCUCGAGACCUCACAAGUGUGUAGUGUGUAAGGAAUCAUUCACACAAAAGAACAUAUUGCUUGUUCAUUAUAAUUCUGUUUCCCAUUUGCACAAGGUGCGUAAAGCUUCACUCGACCCUUCUCUGUCCAACCGACAAGAUCAAGGGGCUGCACUUCAAAGCCACGGAGCCCAGUCUGGACAGGACAAGCCAUACAAGUGCACUGUUUGCCAUGUUUCAUACAACCAGAGCUCAACUCUUGAAAUUCACAUGCGUUCUGUGCUUCACCAGACUCGAUCCAGAGGGUCAAAAUAUGAUCUUGCUAAAGCUCCUACAGAAAAAUCUCAUGACACCAUUUGCAAGAAUGAGCAUAUGAAUGAUGGGAAAAAUGAACCAUCUGGGGACCUGCAAAGUGUAGAUACCCAAAAAAGGAGACCGCAUAUAGCUCCCUGUUUGGGUGUUCCUAUCUUACCUUCUGUCACCCCUGCUGCAAUGCAGCUUUCUUUGGAUUUGCCCCGGCCUCCACCACUUGUUCAGCCUCCCCCUCUGUUUGCUUCUUCUCUGCUUCCCUCAUUUCCUUUAAUACCAGAAGCCCUUUUGAAACUCCAGCGUCAACAGCAGCAGCUUUUGCUUCCUUUCUACCUUCAAGAGCUGAAGGUUGGUGGAGAUGGAAGUGCUUCUCCUGUCUUGCCUUUUGGAGGUGCUCAGCAGCCACCAUCUAUAAAAGAAGAGGGUGAUCAGUACAGUGCAACACCUAGAGCAGCAAAGGAAAAGGAAGAUAAAAUGCCUGAUGAGCAGGAGGCAGCCACGGGGGAAGCAGAUGGCUGUCAGAAUUCAGAGUCAAAAUUAGAACACGCACCCAAAGAAGCUGGAGACCCAAAUGUGUCCACAGCUCGUACUCUUUUAGAGAAUUUUGGUUUUGAGCUAGUUGCGCAGUACAAUGAGGGACGGCAACCAACAAGCAGCCACCCCCAAGUUCAGCCACCACCUCCUGCUGCACCACGUAGUGACUCCCCCACACCACCUUCUGCAGAAAAACUCCAAUGUGGAACUUGUGGGAAACUAUUUUCCAACAGACUGAUUCUUAAGACACAUGAAGAGCAUAUGCACCAGCGUCUGCUUCCAUUUGAGGCUUUGAGUCAGUAUGCUGCUCAUUACCGACGCAGCUAUGAUAGCCACAAUCCUACAGGGGUUCCUAUGGAAACACCAUCUUCAUCUGUUACCCCACUCGAUUUCUCAGUCACUUCACAGUGCUCACAACAAACAGAAGAAAAAGAGGAAUCUGCUGACUUUGGUAUCACAGCUGAGCAGCUCAACUGUCUUCAUAGUCUUUUGGACCUUUCAAAUAAUCCAGUAGAGGAACAUUUCCUGUGGGCGGCUAAUAAGACUGGUUUGCCUCUUACAGCCAUACAGCAAUGGUAUGCACAAGAGAAAAAAAACUAUGAAGGGCAGGAAGAGGCAGGAGCGGAGGCUUCAAAAUAUGAUCGCAUGGGCAACAGACGCUUCUCACGAACAAAAUUCUCUGACUUCCAGACUCACUCCUUGAAUAGCUUCUUUGAAUACAGCGCUUAUCCAAGGGACAGCGAGGUGGAAAAUCUGUCAACUUUAUUGAGCUUGCCUGGCCGGGUGGUUGUUGUCUGGUUCCAAAAUGCCCGUCAGAAAGCAAGAAAACAAGCUUUUGAGACUGGCACUUCUACACCCCCACUGCUACCUAGUCCACCAGGGGAACGACCAGCUUCUAAUAGUAAAGUGCCUCCAUGUAAGAAAUGUGGUAUCACAAUGCCAUGUAUAUUCCAGCUCAUCCGUCAUCUUAAAGAAUGCUACAGUGAGCAGCAUGAGGAAGUGGCUGAUGAAGAAAUAAAACAGGAAGUGCCAAGAAAUGUCAGCCAAGAAGAUUACCUUUCAGUUAAGACGGCAGCUCCUGAAAUUCCCUUAAUAUCCAUACAGGUCAAGGAUGAGGAGCAAAAGGCAUUGGAAGAGACAAAUAUUGUGCCAUCAGAUGCAAAGGAACGUGUGAAAUCAUCUACAAUUAAUGAGGAAAACCCUCGAUUGUCAGAACAAAAAGGUGUUCUUGAAGAGCAAAAGCUGACUUCCACUCAUCCUGAAAUGGUAGAUCAAAACCAGUCACAAGCAACCAAUAAUAAUGUUUCAACUAACUUAAUGGACCUCUCGCUGGAAAUACCUGCAGGACCUAGUGAUACAGGUACUCAAAGAAAAAGAAAACAUGAGGAAGAAAGUCUUUCUCCAACUUGUAGUGAAGGUGGAGAUGAGCCCCCAAAAGACAAACGUCUGAGGACAACCAUAUUGCCAGAGCAACUAGAUAUCUUACAUCGCUGGUACUUACAGGACUCUAACCCAACACGCAGCACUCUUGAUCGUAUAUCUUAUGAAGUACACCUCAAAAAGAGAGUUGUACAAGUUUGGUUUCAGAACACUAGGGCUCGUGAACGUAAAGGUCAAUAUCGUGGCGCACCCCCUACUGUAGCCUCAGGUUCUCGUCAACAAGAUGAUGCACCAAAUGAAGGAGCAAAAAGGGAGGCAACCACUAGUUUUUACUACAGUGUUUCGCCAAGUCAAGUAACACCUUCUAUAGUAACCAAAUCAGUGUCCUGUCCAGGACAAGGCUCUUCUCCACUGUUAUCUAAAGCUCAGACUUCUCUGGGGAUGACUUCAACACCAGUCACCAGUAAAUCUCUUGUUAGUCCAAGCCAGGUUCUCUCAGGCAUACUAAAUACUACACAAAUACUGCCAAACCUAGUUAAUCCUUCCCAGGCUAUCCCAAGCCUUGUUAAAUCUGCUCAGUCUUUGGCUGGUCUUGUUAAUCCUCCUCAGGGUUUACCUAGCCUUGUAAACCCAACUCAAACUUUUCCAACUCUGGUUAAUCCUGCACAGGUACUUUCUACCCUUGUAAACAGCCCUCAGUCAUCGCCAGGUCUGCUGCUAGCGUCUUACCCAGGCAAGCAUCCAGCAGCUUCCAUUUUGUUGCCUAUGGCCUCAGACAUAAAACCUCAAUCCACACCUGGCUUAUUAAGUUCUUCGCAGCUAUCAGGAGAUCAAACACAAAAACGUGACAAAAUAGAAGCCUCUGCUGUUGUGGACAUCCCAGAUCAAAAUAAAGUUUUGGCUUCUGAGCAGCAUGUGCGUCCACCAACUCCUGAAAAUCAUCCUUUGGAAAGCCAAGGAGAAAGCAAUCAAAAGUCAGCUGAGAAAGGUGCCUCAAAACCAUUAGAAAGUCUGAUACACAGUCCACAGGGAGGGGAAAUGAGUGAUUCGUCCAAUUCAGACCCUGGACCACCAAGCCCUGGGAAGGGGGGAUUAAACUCUGAUGGACUGUUUGGAUCUACAGGAGCCAGACGUUUUAGGACUCAAAUGAGUAGUCUCCAGCUAAGGAUUUUGAAAGCAUGCUACUCAGAGUAUCGUACGCCGAGCAUGCAGGAGUGUGAUUCCUUAGGGGGAGAGAUUGGCUUACAAAAGAGGGUUAUCCAAGUUUGGUUCCAGAAUGCCAGGGCUAAAGAAAAGAAAGCCAAGCUCCAAGGUCUCAGUAGCACAGUCACAAGUAAUGAGGGGCCACAACCCACAGAGUGCACUCACUGCAAUGUAAAAUAUGGGCCCACCACUCCAUGUCGUGCUCAUAUAUUUUCUCGUCAGCACAUUACAAGGCUCCGUGCAGCUAUCCAGCAACAACUAAAGGAAGAAAGCCGAUAUAGAGACAACCAUCCAGCAGCGGUGGCUCCCCUUGUUUCUGAAAACAAACAGACAUCUCAGAUGCUCAGCUUCCAGGGAAGCAACUCAUUGUCACCCCAAAUCCAGAGGAUCACCCCACUAUUAAUACCAGGACAAGGCAUCCCUGCACCAAUUGGUGGGCUGGCAACAUUUAAUGCAGGCCCUCCUCCAAGCCUUCUUGGGAUCACUUCCACUGUACCUUCAACUCUACUUCCCCGUGCGACUCCUGCUGCCCCCACAUCUUCCCAUUCAAACUUAGAAACCAUGGUGGAUUCCUUACAGCCUACAGCUACACCGGAGAACACUGGUUCUGCAGCUCUUAAAGGGGCCUCUCUCAUGGGAACUCAUUUCAUGCCUUUCCCACUAGCUCCAGCAGCCACACCCUUGUUCACCCCUCAGAUACAGGGCCCAUACUUCCAGCAGCUUUAUGGCUUGAAAAAGCGCCUCUUUCCCAUUAAUCCAGUAAUUCCCCACACACUCCUUGGGCUUCUCCCAGGGUCACUUAAGCCAAAUCCUGAACCUUCACCCCCUGAAAAAACAGAUUUCCCCCAGACCAAAGCAACAAAUCAGUGUAGUGGGGAACAGGAAGCAAUGACAGGAGAGGAAGAAAGUGUUGAAAAUGAAGAUGACCUAGAGGAUGAGGACAUACCCAUGGUGGAUGUGGCAAUAAGGUACCAGUGUCAGCGUUGUAAGAUGUCCUUUGAUGAGGAGGGAGAAGCUGAAGCUCACCAAGGUUCAGGCUGCUACCCUGGCUCUCUGCCUCACCAACCUCCGCUCAGGCUGAGGGUAUGCACCUACCACUGCCUGUCAUGCCAAGUUCUGCUGCAAGGUCCAGCAGCUCGCAACCAACACCUGAGGUCACAGCAGCACCGUGCACAUAGCAUGUGCGGUGAUGGAGCAUCCUCUGCAAUACCUCAACUCAGGCCAAAGAGUGCUGCUACCUCUGUGCUCAUGGCUUUAUAGAGAUGCUUUUAAAGUGUUCUCACUUUCUUCUUUAACUGUCCUUUUAACUCUCUUUCCAAGUCUGUCUCUUUAUUCUGUCUUUUUCUGUGUUUGUGUUUCUUGUCUGUUACAGGAGAAGCACUCCCUCACUUAAGGAUGCUUCCUCAUACUUCUCCUGCUGAAAUGAGCCACACUGCUCCCUUGAUUGUCUUUUUCCCAUGUCUCUUCAGCAGGGAAGUUCCACACAAAGAUACCACGUGCAGGCCAAAAAGAAAACAAAAACCUAAAACCUCUACAAAGAUUCUGAAGAACCCAAAGCUUUUCUGCAUUUCCUAAUUCUGGUGCCAAAAUGAGCAUCCCUUCCCUGACCUUAUGUCUUGCAUCCUUACUCCUUUCUAAAGGAGAGGUCAAUGAUGGAUAAACUGGGGGAUAAAGGGAGGAAUAAGACUGAAAGUAACCAAAAGUUCCAAGACUUUAGGAGCAAAAGCAGAGACCGCAUCCAUGCCUCUCCAACACAGUGGAUGUGUGCACACAAUAUACGUGGGGCUUUUACUUCAAAGGAAGGAAAUUGUACCUUCCAACAUUUACGUGACUGUGUUAUUCUUGGGGUUAAAGACUAUACCCUAGAAACUCUAAUGCUUUAACCAUUCGUGGAGGGAUAAAGGGAAGGGCUUUAUCUUUUUGGGGGAGGGUAGGGGCGUUUUUCACUCCCUUAAACUCUUUAUCACACUUCCCAUACCUCACUCUAUGUUUUAAGCUUGGGGUAUUUGGGAAAGGGGGGUGAAUUGUUAAAAUUGCCAAACAGCAUAAGAAAAAACUUUUGAAUCCAAAGUUAUGUGGAAAUGUGAGAACACCAACCAAAAAAAAACAAACAAACAAAAUGUUAGCAUCGAAGAAGAAAGAUAAAUGAAAAAAAGGACAUAUAUUUGUAUUAUGUGGAAAAAAUAGCUACAAAUGGAGGAAGCUGGGUCACAGCACAGUGCUUUACAAUGAGCAGCGUGUAUUCUGUAAAUUUUUGUAAUGGUACACAUACAUUUUGCUUUGUCAUUUCCAGGGCCAAAGUAAGAGAGGGUGCAGUGUAGCCUGAUGCCACCUAUUUAGUGAAAAUAAACCACACAUUUCCAGCCUGUGGUCCUACUCUUUUUCCCUUUUUUUCAUAUAGUGCUGGCACAACAUUUGCCACAUGGGCCAGUAUAUAUCAAAAAGCUACCAGCAGUACUCUGUUGCCUUUUAUAUUAUUUUUACAGUCAUAUUUAACAGAGAGCAUAGCAAGGUUUAUUCUCUUUUAUAUAAAAGACUGUAUCCAGCUGUAUUUUCACUUUUUGAUACAUAUGGCCCGCACUGUUAACAUAAGUCCCAGUCUUGGUGGGACUUUCAUUCCACGUCCGCAAAUACAGGCUAAUAGACUAGGCUUGGUUUAAUCAGAGGCCGAUUACACUACCAGUAUAAUUAUGGGCUGUGGGAGACAGCGAGCACUGGGAAGAGUCCACUCAAAUUUAAGUACAUCAUACAGACUCUACUAAGAAAGAGUCACAUUUGAAACAAUUCAUAAAACUGUGUCAUGCUUGGAGCAGGAGGACCUCAAGAUGGACAUUCUUAACUUAAUACUAAAAAAUUCAAUUACCACAUCAUGUAAUAAUAUGUCAAUUGAUCGUUGGCAUUUUUGACCAAGGGUAUUUAAGUAUGUCAGAAACCGCUAUACUGCCCCACUCUAAAUUGGGCCCUGGGAAUUUGAUUGACAUUUUUACAACUAAAGAAAGGGUCGUCACAAUUCAAGAAUCACCUUUUUGAUUUCCAGUCUUUCUGCCUUAACUCAGCAUUGCUUCUUACACAUGCUGUCCUUUCUCAUUGAUGUGCGCAUCUUAUUCUGUGCUCUAACACCCAACUAAGGUAUUUUCUUUUGUUACACUUUCAUCAUUUUGUAGACAUUUGUGCACAUUGCGGCACAGUUAAUUGGGUAUUCUGGCCUAAAAUUGACAGCUGGGGCAUUCUGUGUUAACUGGAAGGUUGCAGCAAUCACCUGCUGGCCUGUAUUAGGGGCAGAUUUAUUAAGGUUCGAAUGGUAAAACUCACAAAUUCAAAUUUAAAAGCACCAACUGGAAUGGAAAUUUGGAUGUGAGACGUAUCACACCUCGGCCAUGGAAACAGUUCUAAUUCAAAAGUUUACCACCAAAAACCCGCCGAGUUUAUUUACAAGUCAAUAGCAGAGGUCCGUUGAACCAUUUAAAUAUGUUAAUUGCCUUCCUGACAUUCAAGUUUUUUUUUAGGGGAAAACUCGAUUUGAAUUGUCAGGUCGAUCGAAUAUUAGACUUCAAGUUUUUUCAUAAUUAACCCCCUAUUCGAGUUGUGAGUAAAUUCGAAUUUAAUAGAAUUAAAAAAAAUUCACAUAAGUUAGAAAUUCAACCUUUGCUAAAUCUGCCCCUAAGUGUAUCCCAGCAUUCGCAGUGAUAUACCAGUGGUGAAUGUUACAAGAAUGCUAUGCAUGUCACCUGCAGAUAUAAAUGCUAGGCUUUAAUUACGCCCCAUUUGAUCAGGUUCACUUUUAAUUAUAACAUUAUAAAAAUUUGAUGCAUUAUGUGUCCUAUCUAUUGCACAACUCUCAGUAUGCCACCCUUUUCCAAUUUUAAAUUUGGCUUUUCUGUUCUAAAAUCUUCACUCUCACCAGCAUUUACUUUUCUGCCCAUGCCUAUUGUCAGCACUUUCCUAUCCAUAGUCUCCUGCUCCCUCUGUUCUUCCUUUCCUUUGUCUCUUGCACAUAAACCAUCCCAUUUUAAUUUUUGACCAGGUGUUCAGAUAUGUAAUGAUCUAUCAUUUUUUUUGUAUAAUCUUCCAUUGUAUUCCAGACUUUAUACAUUGUGCUGUGUGUUCGUGUUUUUCUUAUUUUAUUUUUUCUUUUGUAGGUAUUCAUAAUUUGUCUUCACCCUCCCAAUGCUUUAUCCCUAUUGUUCACAAUUUCUCUUCUCAGCCCUAGAUUAUCAGCUUCCAUUCUUUGUCCCCUACUCAAGUCUAUUCUGUCUUGUUUCCUAUCAUUCUCCCUUCUCUUCUCCAUAGACACCUGCUUUCCCUCUGUUAUUGCAGGUACUAUUUUUUUAUCCUUCCUUCUCAAUCAAGGGAUUUCUUCCAGUUAGGAGAAUCAUGCCAAAACUGUCAUAGAUAUCUGGCAUUCUAAUUCCCUUGCAUAAAACAGAAUGACUAUGAGUUACACACACUGUUUUGAAUUUCAAGAUAAGAUAAUAAUAUAUAUAUAUAUAUACAUAUAUAUAUAUAUAUGCUAGGUCAAUAUGUUACAUGCUAGGUGACCCUUAACAAAUUUGUACAAAUUUCCCAGUUGUGGAUUUUUUUAAAGAUUAAAUGCAAAGAUACAAUACUAGAGUGUUUAGGGUAUUUACCCAUCCAAAUUAAAAUGAUACUGCUUAAUAACUUGCAUAAAUAUAUUCUGUUCUUUGCCCUUUGCCAGUUUAGCGUAUGACAGUGUGCAUGUCGAUGUUUAUGGUGGCCAGUAUUUGAGGUUCCUCUCUUCCUUGAGCUACACAAACAUCAUCUGCACUUAAGUCUGUUUCCCGGCUAUCAACAAAACCAAUGUAGUAUUCUGUUUUUAUCAUAUCCACUUCCGCUCACAUUCAUGUGUGCCACAUGCAGGUUGGGCCUGCAGCUCUGGUUGAAUAUUCAGGUAAAAUGGCAGAUGCCUCAACAACAAAAAAAGAAAAAUUCUGCAAACAUUAAAGCAGCACAGUCGAGCACAGCUUGCCCAACCAGAGCACAUCUUGCCAGCUCAUUGUGUAUGAGUUAUGUGUGUCCCAUGUUCUACCUGUAUCCUCACCCUGUCUAGUGACCAGCUGCUCACCCGCCAUGGAUUGUCGCAUGCAAAGAGUUUCUGAGUGAUGUAUAAAUGGUAAAAAAAAUAUAAAAACUAACAUAAAAUGUUA